UCCAUAGGCAAUUAGGUAGGAUAUAGUAAUACUUUUGACUUAGUUUCCCCUAAGAAAAUGAGAUCCCAAGAGUGCCAAACAAUGUGAGGGGGGAAGAUAGAAAUAGAAGGAUUAUACCUUAAUUUCCUUCUUCUUAGGCUUUUAUUCAUUGAUACAGAUGAAGUCACUGCCCUACAUAAUCAUGAGUUCUGAAGCCAUCAUUACCAGUAUUGAAACUUCUCUCUCUCUAUCUCUCUAUCUCUCUCUGUGAGGGCACCACCACAUGGGUGCAGACCACAAACAUAGAUUGAAACACCAGCCAACUAUUUAUACAUAUCACAAUCCACUCUAAUUCAACUCAGUGGUUCCAAAGCACUUUCUUCUUCUUCUUCUUCUUCUUCUUCUUCUUCUUCAAAAGUAGCUUGUAGGAAAAUGUGUACCAGUUCCACAGAAUGGAUUAAUCCACCUCAUACGCUGUUUGCAUAUACACGAAGACAACGAUCAAAGCGACCUAAAGUUCAAGUUCACAGACUUACCAGGUCUCAAUGCAUGGGAGUGUGUUUGUUUCGCAGGAGGAAAAGAAGAUGUGAAGAUCAGAAGGUUGGGAAGGACAUGGAGCUAAAGAACUUGAAGCUGUAUAUGAAGAACUUAAGCAUUUUGGAAGAGAAUGAGAAGCUAAGGAAGAAAGCUAGCCUCCUACACGAAGAGAACCUUGCCUUGAUGUCUGAGAUCCAUAAGAAAUUCACUCAUUUCAACUGUCUCUCCACCACCCUUUUCCUCCUCCAGAACACUACUAGUAUCAAAUUAUGAGGAUCACUUUGCCUCUCUCUCUCUCUCUCUCUCUAUAUAUAUAUAUAUAUGUGAGUUGCAUCCAAUAGGGUUAUGAAAUGGGCUUUUUAAAUACUUUUUUAUGUUGUUAAUCUCUUAUAUGAGAAAAUUUCAUAAGAGAAUCAAUAAUGGUUGCCAUGCAAUCUCAUUCGACCUAGUAACUGAUGCAUAUGAGUUUUAUGUUU